AUGGCGGCGCCCACGAUGGAGGAGAGGAAGGCGUGCUGGGGAGCCCGGGACGAGUUCUGGCAGUGCCUGGACAGCCACGGCGAUGACGCCGCCAAGUGCGAGAAGCUGCGCCGCGCCUUCGAGUCGCGCUGCCCGCAGCAGUGGGUUAAACACUUUGACAAAAGAAGAGACUUCUUAAAAUAUAAAAAAAAGCUUGAAACAGAAGGGUAUCGUCCUCCAGAAGCUGCUGGAAAGUCUUAAGAACUCUGCUUUCAAAAUUAAUAGUAACUACAGGAGGAGGAAGCGAUUGGAAGCAACAGAAGCUGCUUGAGUGCAAGAACUGCUCACAUGGCUGUCUCCCUGAAAUACAGACUGCUCUUCUUGGUGCCAGGUCUCAUGUGUGAUGAAAAAAUGUGAUCGUGGACAGCUUUUUUAUAAGUCAAAGAAAUAUGGUGCAGCGUUGUUCACAAAUCUAAGGGUUUGAAUGUAUAAUUAGUAAAAUUAUUUCACAGGAACAAAUUAUUAUUUAAUACUCCAAUGUACAUAUUCUAAAGAGAAAUGAAAUUGUUUUUCAGUAAAUGAACCAGCUUUUUCCUAAAAUAAAAAAGUCCAUUCCAACUUGCCUUUUUUGUCAAAAGCAGUGGGUUGUAUAAUACAAUUURUAUUUGUCACUUACCACGUAUUUCUAAGUAUUUUAAAUAUAGUUUAAGUCAGACAUCAGUUUACAGAACAGUGGUUACUAGAAAACCUAAAGCACCCGCUGCAUGUGAUGUGUAAUUUAUCUGUUAGAAAAUGAGUAUGCUUAUUUUUUAUAAGCAACAGGAAUUUUUACACUGGUGGUAAAUUUUCAGUCAAUAUUUCUGCUAGAAGUAUGACAGUUGUUGAUCAUCAUUUUCACAUGGCCUUUGCUGUGAUUUAUUGCCUUACUGAUGCAGCUUCAUUUAAAGGUACAGACUGUUGCAGCAGGAUUAGUAAACUUUACUGUAGAAGUCCCUUGAACAAAGGGUAGCAUUUCAGGUAAUUAUGUAAGAGAAGUUGCCUUAAAAAAUUAUAAUCUAGUAUAUCUAGAUGCUGGAAUCAUUCAAUAUUUUGGCUAAAGACACAACUUCAAUUUCAAGCACAGUUACCACAACUGAAGUAACUGCAAUAAAAAUCCUGUGUUUUGAGUUUG